AUGUCUUUACCUCAUGAAGUCCUCUUCAUUGGCGUAGUUGCAGUAUCACACUUGAUGACACAAGCAGCUCUUGGACAAGCCCUCGCUCCCAUCGACAUUAUUGCCGGAGACUUUGGUACGAGCAAUCCUGGAGAAAUGUCUUGGUUCAUUGCUGGAUACAGUCUCACUGUCGGCACCUUCAUUCUGAUAUCUGGUCGGUUAGGGGACAUACUUGGUCACAAGCGCGUGUUUGCCUUUGGCUAUGCUUGGUUCGGUGUUUGGAGCGGCUUCGCUGGUUUCAGUAUCUAUCCUGGUCGGCAGAUCUUCUUCGAUAUAUGCAGAGCUAUGCAAGGCAUCGGGCCCGCACUGCUAAUGCCAAAUGCCUUGGCGCUAUUUGGACGUGCGUACCCCGCUGGUAUCAAGAAGAACAUCGUCUUUAGCAUAUUUGGUGCGCUGGCCCCAGCGGGAUUCGUCAUUGGCGCAGCGUCGGGCAGUUUCUUCAGUCAGCUCGUCUGGUGGCCGUGGGCGUUCUGGUCGUUUGGUGUCACCUGCCUGGCACUCUCUCUCAUGACGCUGCUUGUUAUCCCACGGGAGUUGGCAGCUCUGCCUCCGAAUCCACCAGGCUUCGAUGUAACUGGCUCAAUAUUCGGUGUUUUCGGACUUGUUCUCGUUAACGUUGCUUUCAACAACGCGCCUAUGUACGGCUGGGCGAAAGAGCACGUAUUCUUCCUCCUCAUCAUCGGCCUUAUUUGCCUGGGAGCCUUUCUGAUCUUCGAACUGCGAGCUGAGUGGCCUCUCUUACCCAUCCGUGUGAUCAACAGCACGUCUGCCUUCGCGCUCGGCCUUGUUGGUCUUGGAUGGGCCGCAUUUGGUGUUUGGGUGUUCUACACCUGUCGUUUUCUCGAAAUCGCGCGCGCUGAGACACCGCUCACUGUUGCUGCUCAAUUCUCUCCGGCUGUCAUCUGUGGACUCCUAGCUGCAGGCUUGACAGGGUUCUUGUUGACGCACGCGCCAGUCAGUUUCGUUAUGAUGAUGAGCAUGCUUGCGUUUUUCAUCGGCAUCACGAUCAUGGCUGUGAUGCCCAUGCAUCAGGUCUACUGGGCGCAAACGUUUCUUUCAAUCAUUAUAAUGCCCUUUGGUAUGGACAUGUCGUUUCCAGCGGCGACAAUCAUCCUGUCGAAUGCGAUGCCUAGAGAACAUCAGGGCUUAGCGGCUUCACUAGUCAAUACUGUUGUCAAUUACUCAAUUUCUAUCGCACUCGGUAUUGCUGGUACUGUUGAGGUCAGUGUCUCCUCACAUGACGGUACGAUGGAGGACUUUGUAUGGGGAUGGAGAUGUGCGAUGUACACGGCGAUGGGACUUGCUGGCGCAGGAACUAUCCUUGGUACGGUGUUCUUCACAAGAAGUUUGGUGAGAGAAGGGUGGAAGGUCAUGGACCAUUGA